AUGAGGAAGCGUACAGACUGCCAUACCUUAAUGGAGACGAUGUGGGCACAGAAAAUCAACUGGGUGUUGGUGCUACCUCUGGUUGCUAUAGGAGAAGCAGUUCUUCGCCAUUUUAAAUUUUUUAAUGGAUACUUUCCCCACUAUGAUGGAAUGGCUCUGGCUGAACGUGGUGUUUGGGGUUCUACCGUUCCGUUGAUGCUAGCUGCAAUCACAUUUGCUAUUGUCUACAUCCAUGCUUCCAUCAUUACUUUAAUCCACCGUAUACUAUGCUCUAUUUUCUCUGAAAUAAUUCCUGAAAGUAAUCUACUUGUGGGCGUUUGCCGUUUAUUAACAAUUCUGGUGCUGGUGUUAGCCACAGUUUUGGCAUAUGCAGUAUGUGGGACUAUGAGUCUCUUCCUCUGCUAUGUUGUUUAUUUCUUUAAGGUGAUUAGCAUUGGCAUAACAGCCCAAAGAUCCCAUUCAUCUGAGGACCUGCUAAAUUUAACCAUCCACCAGACGAUAUUUAUUUUCUGGCAAUGGCUCAUCUUGCUCAAUCUUCCUUCAUUUCUUGCCUGGAAUCAACAACAAGCAUAUUCACUCCACCUGUCCCCUGACCCCAGCCAAGUAAUUGGUCUCAUAGCACCUGUUUGUACUGCCCUAUUCUUCUUCUGUGAUAAAUUUGUCCUGGGGAGGUUGAGCCGAGCUUUUGUAUCAUUGGUGCUGUAUGUGUGUGUGAUACUUUCUCUUCUUUUUGGCAUCGAGAACAUCUUCCGUCUUCCUGUUUUUAUUAUGUCCGCCCUCUCCUUCCUCGGAUGUUUCAACUUCCUGAAUUCUUUGCUGCGAAUUGGGCAGCAGAAACCCAAGAGUCUGUGA